UCAGGACUAAGCCAAAGUCCUCCCUAACAAUUAAAUAACGUAGUUUCAUAGCCAAAUCAGUAUACUAACCGGGGUGAGCCGAUAGGUAAAGAGUCUAAAGAGGUGAGCUAUGUGCCAAGAUUCCACGCACAAAUCUGUUCAUGUUAAUUGAGCCCAGCCUAUCCACGACUUCAAGACCACACGAGCUAGCCCCGCAUAUGAAGAAAUAGGUGGAGAUCUAUUUUUCAUUAGCGUUUAUAGUAGCGAACAUGCAAAAGAGACUCAAUAAAUUUUCUAAUAACCGAAGCUUUCAUAUAUAUAUAUAUAUAUAUGGAGUGAGUCCUCCACUCCCUUUCCCACUCUGCAACACCAAGAAUAAACGGAGCUUCCUCCGACGGCCUGUAGCCAUUUUUGUUGUCUUCGUCUUCCUUUUCUCGCAAACAUUCUCUGCAAAAAGAAUUCUCCCUUCGGCAACGCCACCUUCUUAUUUCUCCGAUUCUUUCAUUUGCUUCAAUUUCACUGUUUACAUGAUUUGUUUUUGUUUCCGUUUCCGUUUUUGACUUCGAUUUUCCCCCAAAAAGUUGUGCGGAAGCCGCUACCCCAAUAGUCUCAAUUCCUUGAUGAAUCUUCCUUCUCAUUCGAACUUCAACGAUCUGAUCAAGCUUUUGAUUCCUUUUUUGGAAUUGAUGUUCCUUACUUCAUCAGAGAAUCAUUGAUUUCGCUAUAUAUAUAUAUCUAUCUAUUAGACAAGAACGGAGGUAGAAGAAGAAUCAAUCGACGCCAUGAAGAAGGUCCAUCCAGUCUCGAAUAAGCAGAAUCCAAAUGGUCGUAACUCGCUUUCUCGUGCUCAAUCAUUUCUAGGUUUAAACCCUAAGAAACUGCGGCGGUUGCCCCAUGUUUUCAGUCGGGUUUUGGAGCUUCCAUUUAGAUCUGAUGCCGAUGUUUCGAUUCUCGAAAACUCUAAUUGCUUCCGAUUCGUAGCGGAAACUAAUGGAAUUAGCGACGAAUUUAGGGCGCAUACGGUUCAAAUCCAUCCUGGCGUUAUCAAGGUUGUAGUUAGACAAAUUGGGGCUCUGGAAUCGACGUUAGAGGAACUGGAGAUCGACAUGUGGAGAUUUCGACUGCCGGAUACAACUCUGCCAGAGCUUGCAACCGCCGCGUUCGCCAACGGGAAACUCGUGGUGACGGUUCCGAAGAGGGAGGACGCCGGCGAAGGUACGGGGGGAAUAAGAAUGGGGGUUUUAAAGGUGGCCGUUUAGUGGUUGUACAGUAAACAGAAUCCCUGUGUCGCCAUUUUCCAUUUAUUGAGCAACUUAAUGAAAUCUGUGUUCACUUUUCUUCUGGGUUGA